CAAAUAAAUAUCCGGUUCCAAGUUGCACCUUACUAUCAAAAUGCAGUCUUUCUCCGGCCCGUCGUCAAACAUUACUCUCAAGUCCGUCUUACACACGAGGUCACCAAUUCCCACCAACCGAGUCUCCCGAAUUCAACUCGUUAUCCAAUGCGCAUACCGAUCCGAGUCGGCCAACGCGGCCGCCAACUCCAAUUUCAGCAGCGGCAUCGGCUCGACCCGAGCCAACUACCAGAGCGCGUGCGCCAUCCUCGCCAGCAUGGUUGUGUCACAACAAAAGAACGACGACGUUAGCCGAACCUACAUAACCGCCGGGAACGACCACAAAACCCUGGAUUUCGUCCCGACAGAGAACCUACCCAAGGCGCUCACCAUCGCUGACCUCUCCCCCGCGCUGAUGCAUGGCUCAAUCCUGCGCGUCGCCUACCAGGGCGUGCCCGGCGCCUACAGCGAAGCCGCCGCCUGGAAAGCCUACCCGAACUGUGAGGCCAUCCCGUGCGACCAAUUCGAGGUCGCGUUCCAGUCCGUUGAGCUGUGGAUAGCUGAUAGAGCUGUUUUGCCUGUCGAGAACUCGCUCAGCGGGAGCAUUCAUCGGAACUACGACCUCCUCCUCCGCCACAGCCUCCAUAUCGUCGGGGAGGUGCAACUGGCUAUUAACCACUGCCUCCUCGCCCUCCCGGGGGUACGUAAGGAGAGCGUAAAACGUGUACUCAGCCAUCCUCAGGCCUUGGCUCAGUGCGAGCACACCCUCACCAAACUCGGUUACAACGCCACUCGCGAGGCCGUCCGCGACACCGCGGGGGCGGCGAAGUUUGUGGCGGCGAACAACCUGCGCAACACGGCGGCGAUCGCGUCGUCGCGCGCCGCCGAUCUGUACGGCCUGCAGAUACUUUCCGAAGGAAUCCAGGACGACUCGAAAAAUCUGACCCGGUUCGUGAUGUUGGCCCGCAACCCGAUUGUCCCCAGAACAGACCGGCCGUUCAAGACGAGCAUCGUGUUCGCCGGAGACGGCGGCAACCAGGAAAGGGCCGGGACGGCGGUGCUGUUCAAGGUGCUGUCGGCGUUCACGUUCAGGAACAUCAGCCUGACGAAGAUAGAGAGCCGGCCGCACCGGAACCAGCCGAUUCGAGUGGUGGAGGACGUUGACGUGGGCACGGCGAAGCACUUUGAGUACGUCUUCUUCAUCGAUUUCGAGGCGUCCAUGGCGGAGGUUAGGGCACAGAACGCUCUAGCGGAGGUUCAGGAGUUCACUUCUUUCCUGAGGGUGUUGGGGAGUUAUCCCAUGGACAUGACCCCGUGGUGUCCCUCUAGGGGAGAUUAA